UCCAGUUUUUGUUGUGCUGUUCUGCUUUUCUCCAGACUACAAAAACUACAUCAGUGAUCCUCCAAAUUUUUGUCGUGCCUUCAAAGCACCAUUUUAUAUUGGUGUAGUGGUUCCAUUUGUUCUAAUUUAUCUGUUUGAUUGGAUCAUUUUUGUCAUGAUAAUAGUCUCUCUUUCACGUAAAACACUUUCAUUAAAACUGAAUAAUGUUAAAACGAAAAAGGAAUCAAGAAUUUUGAAGCAGCAGUUGAUGAUAGCAAUCACUCUCUCCAUCCUUUUUGGUUUAGGCUGGGGACUUGGACUGCUUGUCACUGAGGACAUUUAUACCAGCAAAACUGUCCAUGAUGUAUUUUCUUCAAUUUUUGUUUUCUUGACUGGAUUCCAUGGUCUUUUUCUUUUUGUGAUAUACUGUCUACGUUCUAAAGAGGUUCGAUUUGUUUGGAAAAACGUUUUGUUCUGUAAAAAAGGCACUACUACAAUGAUGUCUCAUAAUCUGGCAGUCUCAUUAAAGAAGGAUCAAACUUGUAAAUUUGAAGAAGGCAGCCAGAUGAGACUAUACAAUUACACCAAAAAGAACGAACCAAGAAAAAAGGAAUUAAAUAAAAGUGAAGAGCAUAUUGAUUUGAACUGCAUCUCACAUGAUGAUGGACAAGCCACUUUAAGGUUUUAUACUAAAAAGUACCAAGAUCAAUUUGAAACUGAAGUAACAUCCAAAGUGGAUAGCGAAAGUCAAGAACCCCAAUAUUCUGUUUGUAAUCUUGAUAAUGAUGAUUAAAGAAUCCACUCCUGCAAAGUGGAUUAAGAACAUUUCUAAGCAAUAAAAUAAGGAAUGCACAGAAACUAAAUAUAUUAAAUUUUUUAUGUUCCAUAAUAUACAGUGAUGUAAUCAUUGAUGAUUUUUGUAGCUAAAGUUUUAUGUUGUUUUAAUUACUGAGUGAAGAAAAUGACUAGAUAUUACUU